AAAUCCAAUACCCCUUGGAUCCGUACCAAAAACAAUUUUCUCUAUUUGUCUCCCUUGCUCUCCUCUCAGCACAAACAAAACCUCAUACCAAAUAUUUCGAUUCCUCACUUUUUUUCUUUUCCCCGGAACUCCAAUUCUCCCAUAAAACCCCUUGGCAUUGUCUUUCCUUCAAUUUUCAACAUCCUUUGACGAAGAAGAAGAAAAGAGUGUUAGGGCUUUGAUUCUCUGCUACGUUUUCAGCAUUUGAAUACCCUGCACGUUCCUCCGCGAAUCGUGCACACUCCCCCUUCAGUUUCCGCUCUCCUCUGCUGCGAAAUCAGGGUUAAUAGUUUUGGGGUUAAUUCUUCUCUCGAUUUCGAACCAACUAAACCGUAAAAGAUGUAUGCUGAUCGGGUGGAGAGUGGAGCGAGGAGGUCCGUGAAGGAACGCCUUAACGGGAAUGGUAUCAGUGACUCUACUCGUCAGCAACGCCAAAUCACCGGCAAGAGGCAUCGGGAAGAUGACAAAUGGGAACAUGAUCUCUUUGAUGAUGUUGAACGCCAGAUUAGUAGUCACAAAGUUACUGCUCAUGAUCUUCGUCUUAAGCUUCAAAAGAAAGGUCUGCAACCUGCAGCACAGAGCGGAAAGAGCUCUAUUUCAAACGUGCGGGAUCUCCGUGAAAGGCUAUCCGGGACAAUGAUUCCACAACCUAAAAACUAUGAUCCACCAACGUCAAAAGUGGUUGUUAAACCAAAUAGUAAAAGCAUUGGUAUUGAGGCUCCUGCAGUACAGAUGAAAAGACCAGCUAAUCCAGCUGCUAAAAAGUUGUCAAGAAAGGCCGAUCCUUCAGUAGAUGAAUUUUUGCAGUCCUUGGGUCUCGAAAAGUAUCUCAUAACUUUUCAGGCUGAAGAAGUUGAUAUGACAGCUCUUAAUCAUAUGACUGAUGAAGAUCUCAAGGCUAUGGGUAUUCCAAUGGGGCCAAGAAAGAAGAUACUUCUAGCGUUAGAGUCGAAAGUUUGACAUGUAGUAUUGGUAUUGCUAUUCUUAGCCGGAAGGACCUGUUGUUUAUGGACUGUGCUGGAAGAUGGAUCAGCAUACUGAAACCAGUGUAAUAGCAUAGCUCGUUUGACGUCUUCAUUUUAUUAUUAUUAUUUUUUAUUUUCUCAAUUUUUUAGACAUGAUUCAGGUUAGUUUUGGAUUUUAUUUUGCUAAACCCGUCAAUCUCCUGGAGCUUUUAAUUGUACCUAGUAAUUAACAGAUUUGAUAGGAGUUUGCCUUUUGAAUUUGUCCUGAGGUUUGAACACUCGUGGGUGGAAAUUUCCUUCUCUAGCAAAACAUCAAGAACAUCUGUUGGAUGCCUCAAGCGCUAAUGGUGUUGUAACGAACCAAUGUAAUACUGUGAAGAGGGAAUGGAUGAUACUAUUCAACACACUGAGAUUGGUACCAAAAUGAAAUACCAAACAUGGGUUAACUAGUUGCAUGCUAUAAAUCCAUUUUCUAGCUUGUUUCAAGACAUUCAAAGUGAAAUGACUGCGGCAUUAGCUUGUGUAAG